AUGAAGCUCGUGGCAGCGUACCUGCUGGCCAACAUGGCCGGGAACCCGAGCCCGACCAAGGACGACGUCCGAAAGAUCCUUGACUCCGUCGGCGCCGAGGUGGAGGAGGACAAGCUGGAGCUGCUGUUCAAGGAGGUGGAGGGCAAGAGCGUUGCCGAGCUUAUCGCUGCCGGCAACGAAAAGUUCGCCUACGCGCCGUCCGGUGCCGGUGCUGGCGUGGACUCGGCCCCCACCGCCGCGGCAUCCGGAGGCGGCGCUGCUGCCGAGAAGAAGAAGGAAGAGAAGGCCGAGGAGAAGAUAGAGGAAGAGGAGGAUGACAACAUGUUUAGCCUCUUCGACGACUAA